AAGAGGUUUAGUGUGUCAGCUCUCUGCAUGCGCUAAAACCCAAUGUGUCGGGUGCUUUGACGGCGGGGAGCUGCCUGGUGGGCGGUCCGGCGGACGAACUGAUUCUUCAUUUUUCCAACUUCAUUCUUUCUCCCAUACAGUCGACUGUGGCCUUCCUUCUUGCUCCUUGAGUAGAGUUCUGGUAAUGGUCGCUCACGGUACUUUGUGACUUACCAUGACGGUAUGCGAUGUACAGAUUGACUUGCGACCGCCUGGGGACUUAGUUGAGGCGAUUGAUGGCAAAGACUAUUGGAUAGGGUUGGCGGAUCCCACAGCCAGGCGCAAGGCGCAGAACCGGCUUAAUCAAAGGGCCCGUCGACGAAGGAAUGCCCCAAAUAAAUGGACACCACUUCGCUCAAAGAUCGAAGAUGUCGCUCGCAAGCACCAAACAGUACCGGAGUUGGCGAUUGGCCCAGCUAGUACGGAGGUCGCACCUGACUGUGAACCAUUUCCUCUGCCAAUCAUGAAACAUGAAGCACGAGAGCUUCUGAAGGAAUAUUUCCCACUGUCGACGGAUCAUCUCAUACACCUUGUUCAGUUCAACGUUUUCCGUGCGAUUUUGACCAACAUGAUGACGCUUCGCAUCGAUCACAUGUUCAGCUGUACGAUUCCGCCAUCUCUAGAGCCCACACCUCUUCAGCGCCAGGUGCCGCAUGCACCCUAUGUCGAUUUAUUCCCAUUGCCAGGCCUACGCGACUCGCUUGUACGCGCAGAAGGCGAAUAUGACGAUUGUGACUUAUGCAUUGACUUGUUGGGGUCGAUCAGCGCUCCUCAUCUCGAGUAUCGCCCGACAAAGGUGGACAGUAACCUAGAGGAUAAGAAUGAACGGAAAGGUCUAGUUGUAUGGGGAGAACCAUGGCGCGUGGAGUCCUGGGAAGUUGAAGAAGGAUUUGUGAAAAAAUGGGGCUGGAUGAUGAGAGAGAACUGUGUAGAGUUGAUACGCUCAACGGACAAAUGGAGGGAGGUAAGGGGUGAAGAGCCUCUAAAUUGGUCAGAAUGGGGCAUCAGUGCUUGAAGCUGUUGCACGGAUUUUCCAAAGGAUGCUCAGCCUCCAAUAUGUGCCAAUGAUUGACCUACGCAUGAUGGCUCAUGUUGGGAUCAGACAGCCAACAGUAGGUCACAGCCAUUAGCACCAUUACAGUGCUUGUUGUCUGAGUGUGGUUAGAUUUUCCUGCACCCCAUGAUACAGAAGUAAGGUUUCGGCUCAUCGUUGCCGUUUAGUCAUCCUGGGUAUGGGACAGAGGUGUUUAUGAUGGAAAAUGAUAGAAAGGAUUGGUGAUAGAGAAGACGGAGUGGCGUAUGGGACUUUCUGUUCAG